AUGGCCACAGCUGAGACUGCUCUGCCUUCCAUCAGCACGUUGACCUCUCUGGGCCCCUUCCCGGACACACAGGAGGACUUCCUGAAGUGGUGGCGCUCCGACGAGGAGCAGGAUCUGGGCCCAGGGCCCCCGGGUCCCCCGCUCAACGUGAAGCUGGAGUCGGAUGACGUGCCGAACGAGAGGGAAUCGUCCGCCGUCGCCUGGGACCUGGAUCUCCUCCUCACCAACUUCCAGGGCUCUGAGUCCACCGGCGAGGCGCGCCCGGGCGCUCCGGCGUCGGGCGAGGGCUCCGGAAGCCAGUACCCGCCCCUGCCGGAGACUCUGGGCACGUACUCCAGCGGCCUGGGGCUCGCCACCGGGCUCUUGGGUCCAGAGGAGCACGCGGGGUGGGCGCGCCCUGGCCCCCGAGCUCCGGGCCCCGACGCCUUCGUGGGCGCAGCCCUAGUCCCGACCCCCGAGCCCAAGGCGCAGCCACUGCAGCCCACAGUGUACCCCGGGUCGGGCGCGGGCUCCUCGGGCAGCUACUUCCCGCGGACUGGGUUUUCAGUGCCCGCGGCGUCCGGCGCCCCUUACGGGCUGCUGUCUGCGUACCCCGCGCUGUACCCGGUGCCGCAGUACCAAGGGCACUUCCAGCUCUACCGCGGGCUCCCGGCGCCCGCGCCCGCCCCCGCUGUCUCUCCGCACUUCCUCAGUUGCCUGGGACCCGGGACGGCGGGCGCGGGGCUAGGAGCCCCCAACGGAGACCCAGCCGAGGCCCGGGAGUCGGCGCCAUCCAAACGCAGCCGGCGCUCGUGGGCGCGAAAGAGACAGGCGGCGCACACGUGCGUGCACCCGGGCUGCGGCAAGAGCUACACCAAGAGCUCGCACCUGAAGGCCCAUCUGCGCACGCACACGGGGGAGAAACCAUACGCCUGCACGUGGGACGGCUGCGGCUGGAAGUUCGCGCGUUCGGACGAGCUGACUCGCCAUUACCGCAAGCAUACCGGGCAGCGCCCCUUCCGCUGCCAGCUCUGCCCGCGGGCAUUUUCCCGUUCAGACCAUCUGGCCCUGCACAUGAAGCGCCACCUUUGAACCCUGUCUUAGCACCUGAACCCACCUGAGGACUUGAGGUGGGGCAUGAUUCCGUGCGGGAGUGUGUUCCAAAUCUGACCUGUGGCCCAUGGAUCCACCAUAAGAUCAAGGCUUGACCCUAUACAUACAGAAACAGACCCUCAGAGGAAGCCCCUCCCCCUCACAUGGAGAUGUCAAAGGUCACAAAGACCCAAGGAAACCGACCCUCCAGAGACACAGACUGGGAUGGACUCUCAGCUGAACUCUCAGACUAGCUCACAGACAGCCUGGGACAAUGGGAGAGGGCCCGCUGCGCGUCUUCGCCGAGAGCUGGGGUCUUUUCGGCUGGAGACCCUUCCUGAAGCUCCGCGUGGUAGUGAUACUAUACUCUCUGGCCACAGCCUCCACUGGGGUCUGGCAUCAGCUGUGAAUGGUUAUGGGUCUUGUGAAAACGCUCUCCUUCCCUGAUAAAGUUUCAGCGUUGGUCUGACUGGGUUGUGGGGACCGGAAGGUGAUAUUGGUGGGCCUGCACACACCCUUCGUUCUAUACAUUACUCUUCAUUCUGACCUUGCCACCCCUCCCCCCACCAUCUGACUACACGGCCAGUGUCCCCUGCCAUCCAUGUCGCCCUCUUUUUUCAGCCGUGGCUCCAAAGGCCUAAUAAACCUCCCCUGUUGUAAUUCA